UCUAACUUAAAUGCUUUUUAACUUGGCAGUGCACAUUAAGGAGCAGACAGACGAUAUGCAGCAUUCUGACUGUCAGAUGGAGACACAGUGUGCGGAUCAAAUUAAAGAGGAGUCCUCAUGCUCGGAUAAUGAGGAGUGCAGCACGAGUAAGGCAGUUAUGCCGGCCAGCCUGUACACCAAUCACAAGCCCUUAUGUUCGGACAGUGCAGGUUAUGGUGUGAGUGAGGCAGAAAAGCUAACUGAUGAGGUAAAGGAGGAGGCCCUGUGUUCAGACGGCAUGACUGGCAUGAGCGAGUCGGCCAUGCUGGCCGGUGUGGAUACUGACCAUGAUGUAAAGGAUGAGCUUGUGCUCGGAUCAGAGCAUGUGAAGGAAGAGCCUUCAUUGUCGGAGAGCCUGGAGUAUGGAAUGAGUGAGGCAGCCAUGCUGGCAGACCUGUAUGCUGACCAUGUUGUAAAAGACGAGUUGGUGCUGGGGCCGGAGCAUCCACAUCGGCCAGAUGUUUCUCUGGUAGUCCUCGACUGGGCGCUAGCUGUCACAGACGGUUUCCUGCAGGAGCCUCGGAAGCACACCUCUGCAACGCACCCGGCACUGAAGGACUGCUGCGUAAGGCUCGAGCGCCUCCACCACGAGGCCCCGGCCUUGCACACCAUACAAGACACCACUCACACUGACAGCGAUCCUGAAGAUGAAAUGUACACUACAGUUGACUGUGAGAGAGUGCCUGAACCGGUGUGUGAUCUUUGUGGCAAGAAGUUUUCUCUAAAGUCUGAGUUAUUGAAGCAUGUCAUGACCCACAUUCACACGUCUAGUAUGGAGCAAGAAGGCAGCGGGCCUGUUGUCGCUGACUAUGUAUUUGAAGAAAAUCCGUUACAGGAGCGCGUCCUUAGUCGAGACUCUCCGCUCGCGCUCCGAAACGGCUGCGUGCUGCUCGAACACCUCCAACACCACGAGGCGCUCGCCGGCAACGACACAACACAUACUGCCGUGUCAGUACCGUGUAACAAGCAGUUUCAGGAUGUGCGACUAUUAAACAAACAUAAAAAAGUUCAUACAGGUGAAAAACCGAAACCGAUGUGCGAAAUAUGUAAAAAACAGUUUUCGAAGAACUCCUUAAAUAUACACAAAGUUACCCACACGGGUAUUACGUGUGAAAUUUGUAACGAACUGUUAUAA